UGAUAAGAGUGUCAAAGGUAUAUAAAUAGGCAUGAUGGCCCGCUCACAUGGCGUACAUUUCAAAAUCUCAGUUUACAAGGAAACUCUUUAUCGUGUUUUGUGUGAUGUGUGUCUUAGCUGUAAUAUUACUAAUCUUCAUUCGCUUUUGCUACUGCAAGUAUGUGAAGAAGGAACUGUGUACGAAUGAAAGGUCCGGUUAUGCAACUCGACAACAUGGACUGAUUCCCGAUGAAAGUUCGUUAAAUUGUGGAGCAUUGAUCGACAAAGAAGAAAGUAAUGCGAGUUUUUAUGGGAACGAUGUGAAGAUGUCUAUGAUAAGUAGCAGUGAAGAGAACGUUAUGGAUGAUUUUGUUGAGACUAUUACCGAUGAAUGGUCGUUUUAUAGUGCUGAUCAAGCGGUUGAAGAUGAAAACGAAGGGCUUUCCAGUAAUGAACAGCAAGGGUGCACCCAUUCAAGGUAUUAUGCCCAGGAAGAUAGCGAAAUAGGUCAGGAAUUCUUUUCCGCUGUUGACAGUAGCGUAUAUCAUAGUGCAGUUGAGGAAUUGUCCGAAUGUGAAGAGACUUUUAGCCAAAAAAUAAGGACUAGAUCGCGAUAA